AUGGGAGGCGGAGCUGGUCUCUCUGUCCAUGGUCGUUUUCGUAUUGCAACUGAGAACACGGUAUUUGCAAUGCCCGAGACAGCUCUAGGGCUCUUCCCAGAUGUAGGCGCUUCCUACUUCUUGUCAAGGCUCCCUCGAUUUUUUGGAGAGUAUGUUGGCCUCACAGGAGCUAGGUUAGAUGGCGCUGUAAUGCUUGCUUGUGGUCUUGCAACUCAUUUUGUGCCUUCAACGAGUUUGACCGCACUAGAAGCAGAUCUUUGCGGAGUCGAUUCAAAUGAUCCGAACUUUGUCUCAACAAUUCUGGAUGCAUACACUCAGCAUCCACACCGUAAACAACAUAGUGCUUACCACAGGUUAGAUGUUAUUGAUAAGUGCUUCUCUAGAAGAACUAUCGAAGAAAUUAUAUCUGCACUUGAGAGAGAGGCCACUCAGGAACCAAAUGAUUGGAUCUCAACUACCAUUCGUGCAUUAAAGAAGGCUUCACCAUCAAGUCUUAAAUUCUCUCUUAGAUCGAUAAGAGAAGGAAGAUUGCAAGGGGUGGGGCAGUGUCUUAUUCGUGAGUAUAGAAUGGUGUGUAAUUUGAUGAAGGGAGAUAUAAGCAGAGACUUUGAGGAGGGGUGCAGAGCCAUAUUGGUAGACAAAGAUAGGAACCCAAAGAUUUGA